AGGCAAAUAAUUCCUUGCAUCUCUACCCUGCUGUCCAUGUCCUGUAGACCUGGGAGUGCAGAUGGUGACAAGCCUUUCUGCAUAAGGAAUGAUUCCACUGACAAAUCCUGAAUAUCCUGCCUUGUCCCUCUGCCACAAAGCCACAAACCCAGGGCUGCAGGGCAGGGAUGGCUCCUCAAGAACCCCCUCACACAGGCCUGGCUACUUCUGGCACAGUUAGAAAGCACAGCUGGAGAUCAGUCACAGACCUCGGUGAAGGUUUCCCAGAAACAAGGGUGGAUCCCCAUGGCCAGAGACAACAAAUGUCCAACAGCAGCUCCAUCAGCCACUUCCUCCUGCUGGCACUGGCAGACACGCGGCAGCUGCAGCUCCUGCACUUCUGCCUCUUCCUGGGCAUCUCCCUGGCUGCCCUCCUGGCCAACGACCUCAUCAUCAGCGCCGUAGCCUGCGGCCACCACCUGCACACCCCCAUGUUCUUCUUCCUGCUCAACCUGGCCCUCACUGACCUGGGCUGCAUCUGCACCACUGUCCCCAAAGCCAUGCACAAUUCCCUCUGGGACACCAGGAACAUCUCCUACUCAGGAUGUGCUGCUCAGGUGUUUUUCUUUCUUUUUUUUGUUUCAGCAGAGUAUUUCCUUCUGACCGUCAUGUGCUACGACCGCUAUGUGUCCAUCUGCAAACCCCUGCACUACGGGACCCUCCUGGGCAGCAGAGCUUGUGCCCACAUGGCAGCAGCUGCCUGGGCCAGGGGCUUUCUCAAUGCUCUGUUGCACACAGCCAAUACAUUUUCCCUACCCCUGUGCCUGUUGCCCGUCAGAGAGACAGGAAACAACUAG